UGUUCAACUAACAACUGCCACUUGAGUCUUAACUCUUCAGAGAUCCACUUAUAAUUAAAAAUUAGGUCGAAGGCGGAUUCUACAAUGCCGUAAUCAAUUGAAUGCCAUUCGAUGAUCACUGAACUCCUCGCAUAAUCACUCUUUUUUUCACUGUUGAUCAUCACACAACACUGGCAAUUCUGCUGAAUAUUUGUAUUAUUAGUAUCUGCAAAAUCUAAGGUACGCCAUUCCAUUCUAUCAUCUUGUUCUAAACUUCCUUUCAUGGAUCUUCCGUUUUCCCGGUAUCAGAAUGUAUCCUUUCAACAUUUCGAACAUUAUGUUACGAUUUCUUCGUAUAACUCAAAACCCAAUAUGAUUUCCGGGUUUCAAAUAGUUGGGAUUAAUAGAAGAAAAUGUAACUCCCCCUUUUGUCGUUUUAAAUGCUCUUUAAUGGAGCAGAACUUACGCCCUAAACCCAAACCCAAGCCUAAACCAUUAAGACUUCAAUUGGGUAUUGAGGAAAAAACCAAUACUGAGAAAAAACAAGGAAAUAAAUCUACUGUUGGAUUAUGUAAUCAAAUAGAGAAAUUAGCUUUCAAUAGAAGGUACCAAGAAGCUCUUGAAUUGCUUGAAAUAUUGGAAAUUGAAGGUGGUAGUGAUGUGAGUGAUAGCACGUAUGAUGCUUUGGUAAAUAUAUCUAUUGGAUUGAAAUCUAUUAGAGGGGUGAAAAAGGUCAUGAAUUUGAUGGUUAAUAAUGGAUUUGUACCAGAUCAGUAUAUGAGCAAUAGGGUUUUGCUUAUGCAUGUGAAAUGUGGUAUGAUGAUUGAUGCACGUACACUGUUCGAUGAAAUGCCGCACAGAAACAUGGUUUCCUGGAAUACAAUGAUUGCAGGGGUAGUCGAUGCAGGGGAUUAUAUGGAAGCUUAUAGAUUGUUUCUUAUGAUGUGGAUUGAAUCUUUGGAGACUGACUCACGGACUUUUGCAACUAUGAUACGGGCAACUGCAGGUUUGGGGAUGAUAAACCCGGGGAAACAAUUGCAUACUUGUGCUGUGAAGAUGGGUGUAAGUGAUGAUACUUUUGUUGCUUGUGCUUUGAUUGACAUGUACAGUAAGUGUGGAAGUAUUGAGGAUGCUCAAUUUGUGUUUGAUGAGAUGCCGGAGAAGUCUACAGUAGCUUGGAACACCAUUAUUGCAGGCUACGCCCUUCAUGGCUACAGUGAGGAAGCUUUGAGUUUGUAUUAUGAAAUGCAAGAUGCUGGGGUACCUAUGGACCAUUUUACGUUUUCGAUAGUUGUUAGAAUAUGUGCUCGGUUGGGCUCGUUUGAACAUGCUAAACAAGCUCAUGCGGGUUUAGUUCGUCAUGGUUUUAGCUUGGAUACAGUAGCUAAUACAGCCCUUGUGGAUUUGUAUUGCAAAUGGGGGAAGAUAGAAGAUGCACGGCAUGUUUUUGACAGAAUGCCCAGCAAAAAUCUUAUAUCAUGGAAUGCUUUAAUUGCUGGAUACGGCAAUCAUGGCCGAGGAGAAGAUGCUGUCGAAUUGUUCAAGAAAAUGCUUCGUCAAGGAAUGCGACCUAACCAUGUCACGUUUCUUGCUGUUCUAUCAGCCUGUAGUUAUUCAGGCUUAUCUGAUCAUGGUUGGGAGAUAUUCUAUUCAAUGACCAGUGUUCAUAACAUCAAUCCAAGGGCAAUGCAUUAUGCUUGCAUGAUUGAACUAUUAGGCCGAGAAGGGCUUCUAGACGAAGCUCUGGCUUUAAUAAAAAACGCACCCUUCGAACCUACGAUGAAUAUGUGGGCAGCAUUGCUAACAGCAUGUAGGAUCCAUAAGAAUUUAGAACUUGGAAGAUUUGCUGCAGAGAAACUUUAUGGAAUGGGACCAGAGAAGCUUAGCAAUUAUGUUGUUCUUUUGAAUAUAUACAACAGCACAGGAAAGUUGGAGGAAGCUGCUUCUGUUGUUCGUACCUUGAAGCGAAAAGGGUUACGAAUGCUACCCGCAUGUACUUGGAUUGAUAUCAAGAAACAGUCGCACAUUUUUCAUUCGGGCGAUAAGUCGCACGCAAUGACCAAGGAGAUAUACGAGAAACUGGGUGAUUUGCUUGUCGAGAUCUCAAAACAUGGGUAUAAACCCGAAAAAAGAUAUUUGCUUCCAGACGUCGAUGAGAAGGAAGAGCAUAUGCUGUUGCACCAUAGUGAAAAGUUAGCAGUGGCUUUUGGGGUGGUAAAUACUCCAGACUAUACGCCGCUGCAACUUAUGCAGAGCCAUAGAAUGUGCGAUGACUGUCAUAAUGCACUUAAACUGAUUGCAAAACUUACAGGACGAAUAAUUGUUGUGAGGGAUGCAAGUAGAUUUCACCAUUUUAAGAAUGGUGAUUGUUCAUGUGGGGAUUAUUGGUAAAUACAAUAUACAUACUUCCGCUCCUGGAGGACCGUGAUUGUAUUUUGAGGAUCGGGUUGUGUGUCGGUGGAAGCAUGUACCACAUUGCCGAAGAGGAAUUUGUGUUAGAUUCUCGCUGCCCUCUCUCCUAGCCGCUUCCUCGGCCUAUCUUGUAGCCAAAGUUACAAGUAUUCAUUCUUUUGGCUUAUUGUUUGGGCUUCUUACAAUAAAGUAUAAAGUAUUCUUUGGUUUAGUGCAUUAAAUUACUCAUUCUUGUGUGGAAUGUAGUUAUUGUAAAGUAUCUAUGAUUUAGUGCCAUACAAUCAUAUUUUUAAUCAAUAAUUACUGUUUUUUUCUUGUUGUGUUUGGUGACCUAAAUUGCUUAUAUUUCUGA